AGGGAGGUGAGCUAACUAUUGCUUUUUUUCCCACUUCCUACAACCACAACUCAUCAAACUCAUUAGAUAGAUGCUUCCAAGUCCUCAAAGUCACACAUAUUUUCUCUAUAAAAGCCCAAUGGAUACUGUCUGCUCUUCACAACAACAAAACAAGAUAUUAACAAAGAGACUUGCCUAUAGCCCUAGCAGCUCCUUCAACUCAACCAUGGCUUUUCCCAAGCUUUUCUUCAUUUCGUCUUUGCUGGUGGCGAUUUUGUCAGCCUCAAGCACCCAAAUGAGCCAUGCAGCUCGCCACCUUUUGGACACACCAGCAGCAGCUCCACCCCCAACACUGGCAAUCCCUACAAUCCCCUCUCUGCCAAAUCCCACUCAGCUGCCUCCCUUGCCUUCACUGCCAACACUUCCCAAGCCCUCAAACACCUUGCCUACACUUCCAACUGCCCCAACUCUGCCCAAGACCACAUUGCCUCCACUUCCCUCAACCCCAUUGCCUACACUUCCAACUGCCCCAACUCUGCCCAAGACCACAUUGCCUCCACUUCCCUCAACCCCAUUGCCUACGCUUCCAACUGCUCCAACUCUGCCAAAGCCGGCCACCUUGCCACCGUUGCCCUCUACCCAAUUGCCUACUCUCCCAACUACUCUGCCCCCAUUGCCAACCUCCCUACCCCAAAUCCCAUCUUUGCCAAAAUCCACAUUGCCUACGGUGCCCGCAACCCUCCCGCCAUUGCCAUCAUUCCCCUCAACAAUCCCUUCAAUCCCCACCAUUCCAACAACAAUUCCAUCGAUUCCAUUCUUCUCCCCUCCCCCAUCCAAUUAAACUACUUGAUAUAUUUAUGCCAUGUUUCUCCAUGAUUACUAGUAGAAGUAUACAAUCCAGUUUCUUGUCUGUGCUGGGGAGUCUUCAGAAUAUAUGAUUUGAUGGUUUCUUCUGUUUGAUGGUGGCUUAUUAGUGUAUGUAUACAGUAUACUUGUGACAGAGAGGCUGUGAGGGAUGUUAUUUUCCUUGAAUUCUUUCUUUGUUGGGAUCUUCUCGAUAUCUAUUGUAGCGUUUGUUGUUGUAUUAAUUCUUGUUAUGAUGAAUUAUAGUAUUAUUAUCAAAAGGCUUAUUCUUUAUUAUA